UCUUCUCCCCAGGUGAAAGAAGCAAAUCUCAGACAUGAUGUCGAGUUUAAGAACAAGGAAGGGGGACAAUCUACCUAAAGUGGAUACAAACAGUGACGACUUGCCACAGUUGAGCAAUGAGAUGCAGCUGAGCAUCAUGAACAAGGUGAAGAGUGGAGAGCUGUCCAUCGACGAUGCUCUGAACCAGGCCAGGGAGGGCAGGAAGAAGCUGCUCAAACAGAAGAGCCAGGCUGAAGAGGAACAAGAAUCCUCCCAGUACAACUUCAGUGUUCACAAACAUGGCCGCUACAGGUGGCAGAAGCGAGUUCUUCAGAUUGAUUUCAAGACCAAAAUGCUGUGCAGCAUAGAGAAAGGCAUCAUCAAGCGACAACUCCUCUUCUCCAACGUGAAGAGCUGUGAAGAUGGAGCCGGCACCAGGUUCUGCGUUUCCUUUAAAGAACAUCACGAUUAUGAACUGGAGGCUAAUUCGAUGGAAGACAAAUACAAGAUGAUGGAGCUGGUGAAUAAAAUCAUUUAUGGGAACAUAUACAGCGACUCAAAGGAGGGCAAUGCAGAAAAAAGUCAGCAGCCUCAAGUGUCCCAGAGCCUUCGGGAAGGCGUCUUGUUACUGCACAGAGGCGGCCUGGCAUCGUUCAGAUGGGUGAAAUAUGAGGUCCAGCUCCAUCCCGGUCAGUUAGUUCUGGUCCCCUUAAAGCACAGAGUCCCUGCUGAAGGUGAUGCGACAUCAUGGACGCAGCAGUCGACUGUGAUCCACCUGUCAGACGGCGACACGAGCGUGCAGAAACCGCCCUGCCCCGACACCUUCACGCUUAUCACGCACAAAAACGAGUACCAGUUCAAGGUUCCUGCACCAGAUCAACCAUCGGCCCACGGUGGUUCCCAGAGGGAGCGAGAUGCUUGGGUCCAGGCCAUCGACAAACUCUGCAAAGACUGGAAGAGGAAGUCCAUGGGUGAACACAUGUUUGUGGAAAAACAGAUUAUACGACAUAUCAGCAUAGCCGAAGAUGACGAGGACACAGAGACAGAGACGGAGCUCGAGUCAAGUGGAGGAAGAAGCGCCAGUUUCCCUUCUCCUCCGGAUUAUAAAAAUGCAGAUUCUCCUUCAAGUGCUUGGGAUCAUUUAUCACCGGGGGACACCAGUCAAAUCCAUCCCUCAGCUGAUUAUACAAAGCCGGUCGCUAAACCUCGCAGCCAAAAAAAGACUCCAGCUCAAGUUAUAGAGCCUGGAAAUUCACCUCCUGUGCCACGUCCGACCUCUCCCAGUGUCAUCGCCUUAUCUUCACCCACCUCCCCUCUACCGUCGCCCAUUCCAACCGCCCCCACACUCCCCGAGACUCCUGAACCAAUCUACAAAGUUGUGGAACGCCCUCCACCUCCUUUCAUCCCCGCGCCCCCUCCUCUACCCUUUAAAUUCAAGAUAGAUUUAAAAAAACCUCAAACCAAGGCCUUCCACUGGGACCUGGUCAGCUCCGAGAAGAUUGCAAAAUCAUUUUGGGCACAAGAACGCACCGGGAGGAUUGAAAUAGACUCGCCGCGCUUAUUGGAGCAAUUUGGCGUUAAAGAUCUGGGGUCCUUUAGCGUGUGUGAGCCGAGCAACACGCAGCACAUCAUCCUCAAUGAGAAGAUCGCACACAACUUCAACAUUUUCCUCAAAAGUUUCCCGGUGCAGCCGGGAGAGCUGAAGGACAAACUGUUCAUCGUUAGCGAGGAAGACGGAGGCCUGUCUGAUGAGCACAUCACCUCUCUGAGGAGGUAUGUCCCUACCAUGGAUGAUGUGGAAAAAUACAAAUCCCACAAAGGACCUGUAUCAGAGCUGCAUAUUGUGGACCAGUUCAUGAUGGAGAUGUGCAACAUCCCCCAUCUGAGCACACAACUGGACCUGCUGCUCACUCUGAGAGAACUGCCCAACAGCAUGAACGACCUGCAGCCU